AUGCAGUUUUCCGCGAACUUGUUGAUUCUUCUCGCUACUGCGGUAGUUUCGACUGCCGCCAGUAUUCCCGUACUCGUUCUAACCUUCGAUUCCAAUCUAGAUGUCCAACCCGCUCCCCUCAAGCAGCGAGACACAGAGAACGCACUCGUCGAGCGCGACUCUACCAAGUCCCCGGGCUGCGGCGUCGCAAACCCUACUAGUCUGGCCUGGGCGAAAUGCAUCAGGAUCGAGAAACACGAGCACGCCGUCGAGACCGACGAGGAAGCCAAAGCCGGCCGUCUGAAUCAUACCGUCGGCACCUGGACCGAGGGGGAGCCUUGGUGCUGGUUGAGCAGAGAUAUGGACCACCGCAUCAGCUGCAACGAUUUCAACAGUAAAUACGACGGUUCUCUGGAUGGAUUCUCGUGUCUGGCCUAUGAGAGUGGGGGCUUUGCCUGGGAGCCUCAGAAGACGAAGCACAAUAAUGGAGGCUGCAGUGCUUAG